AUGUCUGUCCCGAUUGUUGCGGAGGAUUUCGAUGCCGGCAUCUUCGCAAUUGGGCUGUUUGCCUCCGAGGACGUCGGCCUCGCGGACAACACCCUCCUGCCCCUCGCCACCACUGCCUACACGGCCACCCAGCAGAUCGACAUGCCCGAGGCUUCAAUUGAUCAUUUUUGCUUCACUGAUGGACGAGGACUCCGCAAGCCCUGCACAUACUACAUGGCAGAGCUGGGGGAGGUGGAGGAAUCUAAACAACGUGUGAGAUGA